CACACUCCACCUUACACACCAAAAGCACUACACUUCUCAGGUGAUGUAUCCCCGAUAACGGACUACUGUGUGUACGCAUCUGUAUACCAAAACUUUGGCGGGAACUUUGCACAACAGCAAGAGGCUCCGAAACAGUGAGCAGAAGUUCUAUACAGAAUGGCUACAAUAUCUAUCUUAGACUUAAUCCUUAAGAAGAAACAAGGGAAGGCUCUCAGUAAAGAGGAGAUUGAGUAUUUUGUACAGGGAGUUGUUGACGAUGCCAUAGCUAAGGAACAGCUGGGCUCCAUGUUAAUGGCGACUGCUCUGAAAGGCCUGGAUGACUUUGAGACCACGUGCCUGACACGUGCAAUGAUGAACUCUGGUGAGGUUAUGAGCUGGCCGGAAAGUUGGCGCGGUAAAAUUGUGGACAAGCACAGUACAGGAGGUGUUGGCGACAAAAUCAGCCUCGUUCUGGCACCAAUCUUAGCAUCUUGUGGCAUGAAGGUACCUAUGGUGUCUGGCCGAGGUCUGGGACACACUGGUGGGACCCUGGACAAACUCGAAUCAAUCCCAGGAUUCAGCGUUACUUUCAACACGGCCGCCAUGACCAAGAUACUUGAGGAAGUCGGGUGCUGUAUUGUCGGUCAAACCGAAACGUUGGUACCCGCCGAUAAAAAAAUAUACGCCACUCGUGAUGUCACAGGCACAGUGGAGAGUGUCGGACUGAUAUCAGCGUCCAUUGUUAGCAAGAAGGCGGCAGAAAAUUUGGAUUUUCUAAUUUUGGAUGUAAAGUGUGGAAAAGGGGCGAGUACGAAUUCGAAAGAAGAUGCUUUGGUGUUGGGCGCUCGCAUGGUCAAUAUUGCAAACGGUCUCGGUAUCAACACUGUGGCAUUGCUGACUGAAAUGAAUAAUCCCAUUGGUAAAGCGAUUGGUAACUCUCUUGAGGUAGCCGAGUCCAUCCAAUGUCUCCUCGAUAAAGGGCCCAGUGACGUCAUGGAACUCGUCUACCAAUUGGGUGGCCAAUUAUUGUCUCGCGCUGGUGUGACCGAGACGAUUGAGAAGUCACAUAGUUUAAUGGAGGCACGUGUACGUGAUGGGGCGGCAAUGGACUGCUUCAGGAAAAUGAUUGUUGCCCAGGGCGCCACAGAAGAUACUGCAAAGCGUCUUUGUGACCCUGAAACUGAUAUUUGGACCAUUCUACCCAAGUCUAAACACGUGACGGGAUUAAAAAGCGAGGACAAAGGAUUCAUCCACGAAAUCGACUCGAAACUGUGUGCGGUUGCCUCUGGUAAACUUGGUGCCGGCAGAAGCAAGAGUGGUGACGCUAUUCAGUUCGGCGUCGGCCUUAUAUUACAAGUUUGUGUUGGUGACACUAUUGACAAAGGUGAUAUAUGGGUUAAUAUCCACCACGAUUCGGACACUAUCCCUGCAGAGGUACUGUCCCUGUUAGAAAAGGCUUUAGUGGUCAGUGACCAGAAACUGACCAACAUAAACGGAUCACGCGUAAUGAAGGUCAUCACAUAGGGCACCAAGUGUUCACAUGAAGUGGUCACCGUUUAUAAGAAUAUUGGCUGUGAUGUAUACUGCUAACUCUAACAACAGCAGAGAUUCUCGCUUCAAAAUAUUGAUGUUGGAUAAUGGAUAUGUGCCCCGUCAUGAUGUUGUUUGGGAAAAAACUGACAUAGGCGUGCUGAAAUAAAAACAAAUACAUCAGCUAAAGUUUAAAGCAUACAGAGUGUAUUUUAAUCUCAGGUUUACAAUGAAUUGCAUGACGGUUGAAACGUACCUCCUUUGGUUCAUUUGAAAUAUAUAUCACCGCGUUCCUUGGGAGUACAAAGUACAAGAUAUAUUUUUUCGUUGUGCCGACUCCCUCCCACUCAUUCCGAUUGGUUACAUAUGAUCGAAUCAGGCGAAUGACAACAACAUAUUAUCACGUGUGUUUUCAAUUGUUUUGUGUGAAUUAAAUACAUGCCACAUGGUAUACAUUUAAGUUACUUUGUAUUUCAUAUAUAUAUAUAGUGUCGGUAGAAUAGCUAGAAUUAAUGAUCUCUUAGGCUGUCAAAAUAUGUUAAACGUUGUUUUGUCGUAAUCAAUAUCUGUAGCGGUGAGUUACCAGUCUACUUUCGUUUUAACUUUCUUGUUUGUUGUUUUUGUAGUAAGGAGUUGGGGAUUCUUGGUUUUGUAGUUUUGAUAGUGAUCGGCUUCCAGUCAUCGACAAAAAAACUUUGACGUACACACUGUAGUUCAAUUUUCAAAGUUAAUCAAGGAAAAGGAAAACCUCGCGUAAUUCAUCUCGAAAUGAAGCUUCACUUUUCCUCCGUCAUGUAAUUCAUUAUGCAUUAACUUACCUCAGUAUAAUGUACAGUCAUAUCGUAAUUAUCGCACCUGUCCGAAAAAUUCCCUGACUAAUUGUGUUUAGUUUUCGAAUAAAGCUCUAUUCUCAUGAUAUAUGGAUACUUAUGAUCUUUAAAUAUUUAUAGUUGAGUAUCCUGUGCUAGUUGAACUCUGCAUCCCAAUAAGUGUUAAUACAUACACAUAGUUUCCUAUUCAUAUUUUUUAUUUGUCAAACUCUCCUGCUUGAUCACGUGCCCAAAGAGAGAAAUGUAUUCUUUACAUUCUAAUGAGUUGCUCAAUCCUUCUGGGCUGCGGAUGAUGGACCAAUAGAUCAAUAUUUUAUAUAGUUUAAUUUGUAUCAUAUUCUCAAAGGCAGUCAUGUAUCUAUCAACGCUAAAGGGGGUAUGUUUGUUAAUGAAUACAGGAUUUGCGACAGUGAGCAAUUGGUAAGACAUGUUAUUUCACGCCAAAAAGUUCUAGAUAUGUAACUUGUGAAUUAUGUUGCGUGAAUGUUUAUGCUGUGACGUCAACAUUAGGAACACAUCUGUACCUCGGGUAAAGUUCUUGAUCUGUCUUAGGUCAACAAAAAAAUCAAGUCAAAUAUAAUACAUUGUAUAUAUAUAUAUAUAUAUAUUUAAUAAAUCAUUAUAAAUGUAUCAAAAAGAUAAACCAGUUUGGAUUCAAUUGUUCACCACAUGUACCUUGAAUCACAUCAUCCCAUUUAACUUGUGUUAAGUGAGUAUCCAUACUCUUUAUUACUGCUUCGGUGUUUUGUUUAUGUGUUUAAGUUUGCGCAUAUUGGUCGUAUUUAGUACUUUAUGACAAUCAUUUAAUUCAACUUAUGAAGAUUGUUUGUAACUUUACGCUCAACAUAAUUAAUCAGUUCAAUACCAGUAAGUAUUCAAAAUAAAUUCGAAUGAUGGAAGGUUUGUGAUUAUUAUGAAGGCCACAAAUUAUGAUUUUGUUUUCUGAUUAUCAUUAUACCUUUUUUCCAAGUUAUGGAAAUAAAGCGCUUGUUUUGUAUUUUGA